CACUUAUUUGGAACAUCUCUUGAAAAAUAGCAUGGUACGAUUAUUGAUAAAAUACUUUAAAGUCGCUCAUAAAUAAAUUCAACUGACAGGGACGCGUUAUGAGAUGCCGGAUAAGACGUCCGAGGACAGAUGAUGAAUUCCACUCAAAAGGCCAUAUACUCGGAUACUAUGUUGACAAGAGGAAUGUAACAUAUCAAGGAAUGUAUGUCGUUUUUAUGCUUUUCCAUUAACAAAGUCACCAGUACAUGCUAGUGGUGCAGUAUGGCCGCUAACACACACCUGUUUGGCGACAAGGAGACCAAUAAUUGGUUCAAAGCGUGUAUAGGACUCACUGUUACGAAGGAAGGACUCACUAACUUUCUUUGCGCAGAAUUACAGAAAGUACACACCGUUGUUGGUAAAAGUUGUGGAAACUGCCUAAUUGAAAACCUCAUCCAAUGUCCGACAAACCCAUAUUGUAAGAAGAGGAAACGGAAUUAUUGUCCUUUUCACAAAUCACAGAAACCGCAGCCAUGCCCGAUUUGUGAUACAGUUAAACAUAAUAUCAUAUUACACCACAGAUAUGGUGGACCUUCUUGGAGGAACACUCGUGCGGAGAAGUGGGCACUAAAUUAUUGGGAAAUAGGCAAAUGCUUCCUCCCUCCGGACGGAUAUAACAGCAUUUCCUCGGUCCAAGAAUCGGACUUUAAUGGUGUGAUAAGCAUCAUGUUGAAUUGCCUACAUUUCCAGACAUGUCUCUCCCCCUUAUGUUUAUCACCUCUACCGCCUGAUAAGCAAUGUCCUCUAGAAAAGGUCCGUCAGAUUGGCCGAGAUGUGCGACACACUUCCGACUGCAAGGUUACAGAUGCUGACUUGCAGGACUAUUUCAAGACACUGUCCACGCUCCUUGCUGACCCACAAUACUAACAACAUGAUCCUUCAGCCAUCAUAGCAUGUACAAGACUUAGUGAUUUGCAGAAUGAUCGUAUGUCAUUUGAAGAACUUGGCAAGCUGUUGAAUGAGGUCAAUCAAACGCUCGAAGAAGCAAAAAAGACCGGCAAACGUUUUUCUGAGAUGGCGGAAAUGACCUUGUCAAAACAUCUGCAGAAAUUGAAUGCUACUAAUCAGUUGGGGCUGAUACGCCUUAAAAAGAAGACAACAGUUGGGGAACAACGCCUUCAUAGCAAGACGAAAAUUGGGGAAAAUCGCCUUGAAAGAAAGACACAAUUUGGGGCACAGAGAAUUGAAAGCAGGACACAAUAUGGGGAACAACGCAUCGAAAACAAGACAAACGAUGCGGAUCAAUGUAUUGAUAGCAAGGUACAUGAUGGAACACAACGCAUCGAAAUCAGUGUACAGCAUGGCAUUGAGCGCAUGCAACAGGCAGCAAACACAACUGCACAAGCAGACUAUGAACGAGACGUAGCAGAUUUUCGCCGUCGUUUGGUGGAACAUUACAAUGACACCUCGAGCAACGUGCCUCUUUCAGUAUUGGAUCAGAGUCUUGAUAAACGUAUAACCGAUAUAUAUGCAACGCCGAAAAUGCACCGUUUUGAUAUAGCAAGUGAUGGGAAACGUGUUAAAAAGGAGCAAGUACUGACAUACAAGGAACUCUUUUACACAGACGACACAAAGUCAUAUCGACGUAUAUACGUACAAGGCGAGCCCGGCAGCGGCAAGUCAACGUUUGCAGCCAAGUUAGUUUAUGAUUGGUGCGACGAAAAUCGGCCUUCAACGGCAGCUCCCAACAAAAAUGCAUCGUUUGAUGACGUGUUAAUCAUUCAAAAGUUCCAGUUCAUUUUUUUCCUCUGGUUGGGAGAAUCAAGAGGUCAGACCGAAGUAACGCAUAUGAUAAAGAAACAAAUCAUCGACACAAUGUAUUCUGAAGAAAAACGUGAUGUCAUGUACACUCUUUUACUCAAAAUAAUAGAGACGGAAAUAUGCCUUGUAAUACGUGACGGUCUAGAUGAAUGGGUGGCUCCUAACGGUAGUAACCUUGCUAAACCUUCUAUGGCGGGAUUUCCAAAGGACAAGUGCGCGGUUCUUACAACUUCUCGACCAUGGAAACUUGCUGAUGAGCGUAUCAAGAAUUCACAGAUCGACAUCCUCGUAGAGAUCGAGGGUAUUAGCGAUUCAGAUACAUUUAGUGAAAGAGUACUUCGGUGCAUACUUGACAAGAGCAAAAAUCUUGAGACAACCGCGAGGGAAAUUAGGAGCUUCAUAGAAAAGCGUCGGCUGACCUCGUUAUCAAAUUCACCGAUGUUGUACACACUUGUUAUUUGCACGUGGGUGGACACUAUGGAGGAGGAGGAACAUUUGAACGGAUCUUCAUUGUGUGCAUUGUAUACGACUUUACUUGAAAGCCUGUGUAAGAAAGCGAACGAUACAACUGGCUUUUUUAACGAUUUAAACCCUCCUCAUGUGAAGUGUUUUUUAAGAACAAGUUACCUUCGGCCUAUCAUUCAAAACGUAGAUGUCAUUUCAAAAGCUGCUUUUCAUCUUUUGUGUUCUCCUGAAAAGGAAAAUUCUAUUGUAUUCAACGAUCAGGAAUUGUCAAACUAUCUAACACCAUCUGAACAAGAGUUUGCUCUCAAAGCGGGACUGAUAUCAAAACGGAAAACCAAAAGAGCUUUAAAUUCGUCUAUCUCAUUUAUCCACAAAAGCAUUCAGGAAUUCCUGGCUGCUUAUCAUAUUGCCCGCAAUGCACAUUUGAUUGAUGACGUCAUUUCCGGAUAUAUGGGACGUCAUUCGGAUGCAUAUCUCGACAUAUCCCAGGUGUUCAUAUUCCUAUGUGGACUGAACAUAUCGGCUGCCAAUAAGCUUUCUGGCAUUAUGAAUGAACAUAAUAAUAUAAAUAUGAUUAAUAUGAACAUAUUUUCAUAUGAAUACGAUACGUUUCAAAGCAUCAUAGAGGCAGGAUACACAGAGGCUGUUUCAAAUGACCAAACUGGCAUUCUCCUCAGACUCAGUCACUUUUAUAUCGGGAACAACUUAAUUGGCAUUAACAACAUAUGGAGAGAAAACAAGACCAAUGCCCUGGCUUUGAAAAUACAAGUAGACGACAAAACGGUUGGUGCCAUACUUAGUUCAUCUACACAUAGCGAGCCAACAUCGCAGGUUGAGUUUGACCUGUCAUCGUGCCACAAUCUGAAAUAUUUGAUACUUCGGGGAAGCGGCAUACACAUGCAAGAUUCGUCGAGUUCGGUGUCACCGACACUUCCGGUGUGUAUUGUACUAAAUAGAGCAAAUCCAGCCCAGUGUGCAUAUCCUCUACCAGUGCUGCCUUGCAUAGUAUACAUUGGAUUGGAAUUAAUUACAUGUUCGUCUACCUGGCUACGCAGUCUGUUCAGCACAUUACUACCACUCAAGCAUAAUGCUGUGUGUAAACUGACGGGGGUCAGUUGUAAAGGUACAUUUAUUAGCUCCUCAACAUUAACGUGUUUUAAGAAUACAUUAGAAUACAUACCAAAUUAUUUUUUUAAAGAGUGCGACGUUCUAUGGGAGGUUCUCCGUGGUCUGAAUAUAAAGAGCUUUAGUCUGAGUAGUCGAUAUGGAGGUUUAAACGUAAAUUGUGCAGACUCGAUGUCCCAGUUACUUUCAUCGCUCACUCAUCUGGACACGCUUUGUAUUGAAGUGGAUGAUGACAGUCCCGGUCUGUGGAAGGCUCUCCAUGGUCUGAAAAUCAAGAGUCUGAUUCUGAGUGGUCGGCACGGAUAUCUGAAUGUUAAGCAUGCAGAGACGAUAGCACUGUCACUGUCAUCGCUUAAACAGCUUGAAAAGCUUUCAAUAUUUUUGCGGACAUAUAUCGACAUAAAGCUACCUCAAUCAUUGAAGUAUUUAAAUAUCUACUGCGUGGCAUUGCUUCCAUCGGAAUUACACGAAUUUGUGGGCACACUGUCUGCAUGUACUCGUACAGUUGAGAGUAAUCUGGAAUUCGGUUGCGCUUCUUUCAACGAUGUCCGUGUAAAACCAAUUCCACCAGAUUAAUACAUUUCAAUCCAACAAGAACUGGGGACUCUGAAUCAUAAUGCCGUGAAACGAUUCCGAAUAUUACACCGGAGAAGUAAACCCAAUAUUUGUGAGUAUGAUGCCACAUCUACUUGGUCCGUACGUGGCAUUGGUGGUGCCCAAGACGAUAAUACGGAUGAUGAUAAUGUUAACGAUGUUGCAUAUAAAAGCUUCGUUCCCGCAAUCGCCGCAAUUAGCAAUGGAAUCAUUAAUCGAAUUGCAAUGCGACUUCUGAUUACUCCAUCCUCAAACUCAUUAAUCGUCGAUAAAUGCGACUGCAAAACGUGAUAAUAACGAGUACAAUUGUAUUCAUUAUGUCUCGAACAUUUUAAAUAAGAGUGAUAUAUCUCUUUUGGAUAGCAUACAUAGACAGUUGGCAUUGUCAAACAUUAAUUUAACAAGUUUAAAUAAUCUUAACAUUUUUGUGACGUGUUAUUGGUGUGUAAAUGUUAUAAAUGAAAAAUGUUUGAUGAAAUGCAUGCCAAUUUUGUAAAAGUAUUUAAAGUUUACAAACACCAUAAAUUUCAACACGCCACGCAGUUUCAUUUCAUAGCCAAUACUGGCUAUCAUGUACUGUUUUUUCUGCAAUAUUUAUGUGCGAAGAAAAUUAUAUGUGUGCGUUGUUUCUAGUUCGCGUUAAAGCACAUAUGUAUGUACAUUUUGUGAACAUAUUCCAGAACUGCUUAAAAAAGUUUCUAUAGCCAUGAAUAUUGCAGAAUAUCCAAUCUAUUUGAUCCCUUAUUGACUAUAGAAUUCCAACCGCUUGUCGUCCUAGAAUAAAUCAUAUAAUAAUGUGUUAAGUUGCUUCUUGCAGACUGUGCGUGUCAUGUUGAUCUUAAUGUUUGUCAUUACAGAUAGCAGUAACCACAUAUUGUUGUACACACACACACACACACACACAUAUACAUGUGUGUGUGUGUUAAUUGUUUAGAUGCAACAAGAAAAAGGUGCAUACCUUUAGUUUUCAUUUAGUUUCAGAUUAUUUUCAGGUACUAAAAUAAAUAUAUAAUUGUAUAUAAUUCUAUAUUGUUUUCUUGACUAGAAUGGCUAUCUUCAUUUUUGUUACGCAUGUCUUAUCUUUAUAAACACAUGUUUUGGCUGUGACUCUGAGCCAAAUAUCAGGUUUGGAAUCCUUACAACCGGGUUUGCAUUAUACGGUUUGAAUUUCUUACAAACGGAUUUGCAUUAUACGGUUUGGAUUCCUUACUAACGGGUGUGCAUUUUACGGUUUGGACUCCUUACAACCGGGUGUGCAUUAUACGGUUUGGACUCCUUACAACCGGGUGUGCAUUCAGCGUUCAGAGGCGGUGACCCCAAAUAUAUUCAUAUGUGUUUUUACUGUGUUUUUGUGCAUCCGUACACGUGUGUUUUGUCUAUAAAUUUGAAAUAAAGCAGAUAUUAAGUUUCAA